AUGAUACUUUGUAUUCAUCUACCUCCACCCCACCAUCUUCUCUUUCCCACCGCGCCGUCCUCUCUCCCUCCCACCCGCCGUCGCCUCCCACCCGCCGUCGCCUCUCCUUCCUACCCGCCGUCGCCGCUCCCUCCUCCGGCCGUCGCCGCUCCCUCCCACCCUGCCGUCGGCUCUCCCUCCUACCCCGCCGUUGCCUCUCCUUCCCAUUCCGUCGUCGCCUCUCCCUCACAUUCCGCCAUCGCCUCUCCCUCCACCGUCGCCUCUCUCUCCGCCGUCGCCUCUCCCUCCGCCUUCGCCUCUCCCUCCGCCGCCGCCUCUCUCUCCGUCGUCGCCUCCCCUUCCGCCCUCGCCUCCCCCUCCGCCGUCGCCUCCCCCUCCGCCGUCGCCUCUCCCUCCGCCGUCGCCUCUCCCUCCGCCGUCGCCUCUCCCUUCGCCGUCGCCUCGCCCUCCCCAUCGUCGCCUCCCUCCCUUCCCGUCGUCGCAUUCCCUUUUCUUCCCGCCGUCGCCUCUGGCGACAGGCGCACAAGUGGAGCGCGGGUUGGUGCGCGACCGCCCUUGGUGCGCGACCGCGGGUUUGUGCACGUCCGCGGCUUGGUGCGCCACCGCGGGUUGGUUUCUCAGGUUCGUUACCCUUUCCCGGUCCCUUUUUUCUCCCCUACGCCUCUGAGUUUCCAUGCCCGUUUCUGCUUUUUUCUUUGA